UCGGCUCAACGGAAGCAGGUUCAGGUUUAGAUGGCGGAGAAAGGUGAUAACAAUUUGUGAAUUGUGUAUUUCAUUUAUGGACACGUGGAUGGGAAGAAACUGUCUACAUUUUGUUUAUUGCAUAAAUUAUUACUUCAGCGGAGGAAAAUGGAAGAGUCUGUAAGUGCCAGUGUAACUGAUAAUGAAGAACCAGACCUAGCACUUGAAGGCGAUGAGACCAGCAAGCCUGACUUACAUAAUGUGAAUGACAAAGAUAACCAACCAGUAGAGCACACUGAUGAAGAAGUUCCAAGAAAUGAUCCAUAUGCUUAUUUAGACAGAGCAGAUUUCACUUCAGAAAAAUUUAAAAUAGAAAUUCGAGGCCUUCCCAAAUUUUAUGGGAUUGGGGAACUAAAGAAGCUUUUGAAUGAUAAAUUAAAAUUAGGUUCAAACAAAGUGAAGCCACCAGCAAAGGGUAGUUACUGGGUGUACGUGUGUUUCCGUUCAGAAGAAGACAGACAGAAUGCUCUGAGAGCAUUAGAUGGCUUUGUAUGGAAAAAUAAGACAUUAAGUGCAGAAAUUGCUAAGCCAGCACCAGAUCCAUUAGUGAAGAAACGCAGACAAGAGUCGCAUGAGAAAAGGGAUGUUGAAGAUGCAAAGAAACAGAAGAUAGAUGACAAAUCACAGGAAGAGCGACUCAAAGCAUCUACAAUUCCAUUUUGGGAUGUACCAUAUGACAAACAGAUUGAGCAGAAGCAGGCAAAUAUCAGGCAGAUACUGGUGAAAAUGGGUCAUGACAUGGUUAAAGGAAAUCCUGCUCUGAAGCCGUGGGUUGACAAGCAGAGGUCGAAGUACAAUGGAUUACCUUGUGAGUUGUGGGAUGUCCGAGCUUCACCUGUAUGUGAUGGAUAUCGCAACAAAUGCGAAUUUACAGUAGGUAUUAAUGAGGAAACUGGAGAGCGAACAGUUGGUUUUCGGCUUGGAAGUUAUGUUCAGGGGUUCACGGGUGUUGGGCCAGUGGAUUGCUUGAGGCACAUUCCAGAUCGAAUGAAGGAAGCAGCAAAGACAUUUGAAAAAUUUGUGCAAGCAUCAGAUUUGGGUGUAUUUAACCCAGAAACACAUGAAGGUUAUUGGCGUCAGCUGAUGGUGAGACUUUCGACAGGCAGUGGUCAGUUAAUGCUAGUGGUUGGAAUGCAUCCACAGACUCUUUCACAAGAAGAAUUAAGGAAAGUGAAGGAUGAUUUAAAAGACUUUUUUGAAAAUGGAGAAGGCAAGACCUGUAAUGUUGCCUCACUUUAUUUUCAACACAUCAUGAGGAGGCAAGCUGGCAAGGAAUUGCCCCCUUUGGAGCAUCUGAUGGGAAAGACCCACAUUUAUGAAACAUUGUUGGGCUUGAAGUUUCGGGUGUCGCCAGAGGCCUUCUUCCAAAUUAACACUUCUGCUGCAGAAGUUCUUUAUAAUUCAGUAGCUGAGCUGUCAUGCCCUACUGAGAAUACAACAGUCAUUGACAUUUGUUGUGGAACAGGGUCAAUUGGACUCUGUCUUGCCAAGAAAUGUGGUCAAGUUUUGGGGGUGGAGCUCUUAGCACAAGCUGUGGAUGAUGCCAAGAGCAAUGCCAAAGAUAAUGACAUCACAAAUUGUGACUUCUUUGUUGGCAGAGCAGAGGAUAUUCUGUCUUCUGUUAUGAACAGAGCUGUGAAAGGAGAUAUUUUGGCAGUAGUUGACCCACCUAGAGCAGGGCUUCAUCACAGAGCCCUGAUUCACCUUCGUCGCGCUGAGAAACUCAGUAAGCUGGUGUUCCUUUCUUGUGACCCAAAAGCAGCAGCAAAAAAUUUUGUUGAUCUCAGCCGUCCAACUUCAAAAACAUAUCAUGGUGCUCCCUUGGUGCCUGUGCGUGCUGUUCCAGUUGAUAUGUUCCCCCACACAUCCCACUGUGAGCUGAUUGUUUACUUGGAGAGGGUGGAUUUAAAUCAGCUGGGGAAAACACAACCAGAACAGAGAUCUUUUUAUCAUAAUAGCAGUGAAGGAAGUACAAAACACCACACUUCAUCAGAAGAAGAGAUUCAACUUCAGUGCUAAAACAUGUUUCUGAAAUAUAUAUAGGCAUGUAAAGAAAGUGGUAAAUAAUAAAUGUUAUGUAAGAUAUAUA